GUCACUGAGCAGCAGCAAUGACUGAUAUUUUGGAGGAGCGGCCUUUCGGCUUGCAUUAUACCAAUGUCUAUCUCUCAAUUCUUGUCCUUUUUUGCUUUAAACUUUUUGUCAAGAUCAGCCUAAGCAUACUGACCCACUUCUAUGUGGUUCAGGGAAACCGUAAGGAGGCAGCCCGGAUCGCAGCAGAGUUCUACAAUUUUGGCCAAGGGCACAGUAAGUUGACUCUUCUCUCACAGGGUUACAAUGCAAAUAUCAUCACCAUUGAUCAUGUGACUCCACUGCACGAAGCUUGUCUGAGAGAUCAUGUAGCAUGUGCCAGGGCUCUCAUAGAAGCUGGUGCCAAUGUGAGUUUUAGGGGAUACUUGCUAAAUUUCACUGUUUCCUCAUUGAUAGCCAUGCCGCGGUCUCUGUGUCAGCUGUGUAGACUGAGUAUUCAAAACUACAUGGGCCGAUCCAGACUGCAUCUGAUUUCCCACCUCAAACUGCCUACUCUGCUCAAGAGUUUCCUCCAUUACAGACAGAUUCUGUAACUCCCUCCAUAAAGCCAGCCCCCCAUUUUCUAAUAUUAAGUGCAUUAAUGUACAAAAAGGUCACCCAGUCUUGUUUGUGACACCCAAUGCACAAAAAACUAAAUCAUGCUAGCCAUUCAUUUUACUUAUUCAAGUUCAAAUGUUUUUUUGUUGUUGUUGUUUUUUAAAUACUUGUAUAUUUUUGUGUAUCUAAUGAACCUAAGUUAUAUUUUUGUAAAUAAUAUCUUCACAAGAUUAAUGUAAAUUUAGUCAUUUUAAACCACACAUUCUUAUAUGUCGAUAUAAACUGUAUGCCUAAUAUGAUUCAAAUUGAUCAUGUCAGGGUGAAAUUAUUAAAGUGCAUGUCAAUAUAGUGAAUUUUAUAAAAAAUUUUAAUCAAAUCAAUCAAAAAAAAUAUAUUAAUAAAAAUUCCCAAAAGCACAACCGCUUAGUUUGCUAUCUGUAUUUUCACAGCUUCCCAAGUUGCAUCCUGACCUGUUACACAAGACAAAUAAGAAUGACAU